AAGAUGAUCAGAAUUAACAAAAGAUACUUGUCAAACGGCAGAAAAUGCCUCGCCAACUUCGGAAAACCACAAAACCCACCUAUUGACCCAACCCUUCAUAUGAAGAUCCAACCUAUCGUCCGUACAGGUGAGACCAUCGAUAUCAAACGUGCUAGAUUGGUAUAUCAAUCACGUAAGCGAGGCAUAUUGGAAAGUGACUUGUUGUUGAGCAGAUUUGCCAGCAAGUACUUGAACAAGUUUACCAUGGAAGAGUUAGACGAGUAUGACAAGUUGCUUGAUGAGGCUGAUUGGGAUAUCUACUACUGGGCAACCAAGAACUUUGAUGUGACUCCCUUGCCUGACAAAUGGAAGGACUCCAAGAUAUUGAAGUUGUUGCAGGAGUCUGCUGAGAAUAAAGAGAAGGAGAUCUUGACAAUGCCUGAAUUGGACUUGUCUGAUAAACAGCUUCAAUAGUUUUGUAUAUAUUUAUUGUUAAGUGUAUUUAUUUGUC